GCGUGAAAAUUGUGCAGCUCUACUAAUGAGAAUAAAAAAUGCAGUAAAAAGUGUAAAUUAAUUGUGGAAAAUAUAUACAAAUGGCAAUCCAAAAGCCCGGCGAGUGGGCGAACUCGCUUUUGGCCCGUUUCGAGGACCAGCUCCCCAACAAAAUUGGACCACAUAGCACACAAGCGCGUAUCAGUCAAGAUCAGCUGAGCGCAUGUCUCAUACAUAUUUCCCGCUAUCGUUUCUCACUGGUAAUAUCCGGACUCACUAAAAUACUGCAACGCGUUAAUGAGGCGUCUUUCCAAAAUCGUCAUGACGCGGAGCGUUGUUAUUUCGAAUCACUAGUCAUCAUACUUACUACACUCGAACGUUGUUUGGCCAACCAGACCAAGGAUACUGCGCGUUUCGAAGAGGCAAUGAAUGUUAAGCUAUUGCUACGUGAAAUUUCACAAUUUAUCGAUGUACAGAGUGACAGUAAUCCCAAUGCAGCACAGUUGAAGGCCAUUGCUUCAAAAGUGCUUUUUGCACUCUCACAAAAUCACUUUUCAGCGGUCUUCAAUCGCAUUUCAGCGCGUAUACAAGAGUUGACCACAUGCUCCGAUGAGAAUCCCGACUACUGCGACAUUGAAUUGAUACAACACAUUGAUAUGGAUAUAAAUAAAUUGACGAAAUUGUUACAAGAAUUUCUUUUUCAUGAAACAGUGUCCAAGUCAAGAUCGAAGCGGGCGCCACCACUCCUAUUGUUGCACUCGUUGGAAAAGGCUAUUUGGAAUUGGAUCGAAUAUCAUCCACAUGAGUUUCAGGAUUUGCAACGCGGCAUUACAACUAAGGAAAUAUCUGGUUGUUGGGAAGCUUUGCUGGAAUUCGUUGAAGCGUACAAAUUAGAGAAUAAGAAGAAUAAAACUACUGUAUGGCCGCUGCAGAUGCUGCUGCUUAUACUUAAUCCUAGUUGCUUGGAAGCCACGGUCAAUGAAUUACAACAAUCUGAGAAGGAGAAAGACAAAGAAAAAUAUAAAGAUAAAGAUAAAUCAUCAUCCGCACAACCUUCCGCACAGACGACACGUGACAAAGAGCAAUCGGCUAAACAGUUUAUUGAGGGUGUUAAACGCGGACUGGGGCCACACUCACCCUCCAAACAAGUCACCGAGUAUGCUGCCAUCGCAUGCGUGAAACUUUGCAAGGCCUCAACCUAUGUGAAUAUCAACGAUUCGAAUAAUGUUAUCUUCAAGCUGGUACAGUAUGUCAUUAAUGAUUUGAAGGCGUUGCUCUUCAAUCCGGUAAAGCCAUUUUCGCGUGGACAAGCGUACAAUUAUGCCGAUAUUGAGCUAAUGAUCGAUUGCUGGGUCUCGCUCUUCCGCAUUAACCCUCACAAUAUUGACACUUUGAAGGUGUGCUUAAAUCUGUCGUCACCGCAGGCGUAUCAUUUCGUGAUUGUAUGCUCGUUAUUGAGAUUAACGCACAUUCAUGUUGACUUUCGACUGCAAAAUAAAAAUCCGUUUCGGACCAUUAAUCAGCCCUCGCUGCCUUGGUGGCCCGAAACGAAUGUCGUACAUUACCGUUCAGCAGAGCUGCGUGCACUCUUCACUGACACAUUAAAUAAAGCUACACAGGGUUAUAUCGCACAUACGCCUUUGCGUAUGAUCACAUCUUUGACGCUUAAAUCGAAAGAUACCCAAAAAGGUUUAGCGCGCUCUGAAGAAGGACCUGCGCACAAAAUGCUGCUGCUGCUCAUGGUUCGACUUAUACAUGCCGAUCCCACCUUAUUGUUGAAUACCCAAGGCAAAGUGGCACAUGAAAUGCAAAGCUCCUCGCUCGAACUCAUUAAUGGUCUAGUGAGUUUAGUACACCAACCCACCAUGCCGGAUGUAGCUCAGGAAGCUAUGGAGGCACUCCUCGCUCUGCACUCGUUCGACAAAAUUGAAUUAUGGAAUCCGCAGGCGCCAAUGAAUUGCUUCUGGGAUGUCAGCUCGCAGGUGCUUUUCUCGAUUUCACAGAAGCUUAUACAACAUCAGAUCGCCAAUUAUACAGAUGUGUUGAAGUGGAUGCGUGAGAUAUUGAUUUGUCGCAACGCUUAUCUGCAGCGGCACAAAAAAUAUGCGUUGGUCGGGCAUGAGUUGCAGAUUUGUCGGCAGGCGCGCAUCAAGCUGGAAGUUGUGUUCUUCAUGUACCUGUGGUCAGUCGAUUUGGAUGCAGUACUGACUUCGCUAUCCUGCUUUGGCCUGCUGUGCCAAGAGUCUGAUAUAUUGCUGACAGCAGACGAUGCGGCGACAGUGUUGCCGGUGGCCAAUUAUCAAAUCUAUCAGGAUCUAACGCAGUUAGCGAAUUCCGCUACUGAUACGCGCAUCUGCUUCUACGAAACCAAUCAUGGAAAUGCAUUUAGCCGCCUUACGCUACAACGACGUAUGAUGAAUUUGCUCCGUAAAAUCGAGCACUGCGUGGAUGGCGUGCAAACUGCUUGGGAGGAGACUUUUAGAAACUGGGAGCUCACUAGCAAAGUGCUGCAAACAUAUCCUAAAUGCAAGACAGACGAUGCUCAAGCUGAGCUCUUUCAUCGUGGUGUUGGCAAGCGUCGCGCAAGUCAUCAAAGUUCCGAGCACGAUCUGGAGGAGCACAUAACCGAAUGGGCCAACAUGACUUGGUUUCUGCUGACGCUUGGCGGUGUUUGUCUGCAAAAGCGUUUGGCUGCGCGUUGGAAGCAAAUGCAACAGCAGAAUACUGCCGCAAAUGUGGGCGCAACUAGCGGUUUGGCUUGUGGUCCGGGUAAUCUCUUGCAAUCGCACAACAGCUUGGCACAUUCGCAGAACACACUAGCUGCAUCAGGCAGCAUGACUUCUAUUUCCUCGAUACCAGCUGUAUCGCUCUAUUCCCUCUACUCAUGCUCCACCAGCUCUGGACGCGGUUCACUGCUACAUCCAAGCACAAUUUCUUUGUCUACUAUAGUGCAAGCGCCGCAGCAGGAUUUGCAAUACUGCCCGGUGACACAAUUCAUUGGUCAACUGUUGCGUUU